AUGAACAGCCCUGCAAGAACUAAAAUUGAAGGAGGAGGGAUAUUGGACUACACGCUAGUAGCGGACGCUGCCUAUGGAUUGAGGCCCUACAUCUACACACCCUAUCGUGCCCUUCCCGGCAUCGCACUUCCCGACCAUCAGCGAGUCUGGAACCUCCAGCAGUCCCGCACUCGAAUGAUUGUGGAGCAGGUGAACGGGAGGCUGAAGACCAAAUGGCGCAUCCUGGACGGGCGCCUCGAGUGCGACGUCAUCCGCGCCCCGCAGGUCGUAUCCGCCUGCAUCGUGCUUCACAACAUCGACCUCAUCCUCGGUUUCCGUCACCGCCUGAACGAACCUCGUGAGCGCAACACUUGGUGGCUGGAAGGACCCGUUGCGGAGGCCCCGCAUUUCUCGUCGCGCGAUGCGGGCUUUACUCCGACUCGUCGUCGAUCUCGCCUGGCGGCGUACUUCUACGCUUCCUGGAGGCUCGGGCAUCCUGAGCUCUCUCAACCAUCUCUUGGGCCCAGGCCGGCGGGAAACACCGCGGCCACGGAGCGCAACACCCGCGUUCGCGCCGACGACGUGUGA